AUGCUCACCUUCAGCAUGUCUCUGCACCUGAGCACCCACAGAGCCCAGGGAGGUCCUACCGUCUCUACACUAAUGCUCCAUCUGCUUCUCUUCCCGGUCGCAGCUUACCACUCCAUGGAAAACAUGCGGCAAUGUAUCAACAACGCAGAGUUCCUCAAGCAUGCAGAGUUCUCUGGGAGCGUGUAGGGAACCAGUAUGUCAUCCAUAGAGGCUGUGCAGCUAUGGAAUCUGAUCUGCAUCCUGGACGUUGACAUCCAGGCAGUGAAAAGCAUCAAGCAGAUAGACUUGAACCCCAUCUACAUAUCCAUCCAGCCACUGUCCAUGGACAUCCUGGGAAAACACAGGCUGCAAGAGAGGCAGACAGAGAUGGAAGCUGCCCAUGUGGACAUGGAGCUCAGUAAGGAAUCAGGUGUCUUUGACAUGGUCAUCAUUAAUCAUUAA